CGGGAAGGGAGCGGAGGCUCCCGCAACAAGAGGCAACUCAACUUGCGCAUGUGGACGAAGCAGAACGCCGUUCCGUCGCUGCCUCGCUUGCUCUCGAUCGGAACUCAGGCGGAGCAGAAUCCGCGGCCACUUGCGGGACAGGGACGCGAGAGGUGAUGUGCAGUUCGGGCUUUGUGCCGGAGAGAGCGCACGGUCCGCUUGCUUCCCUGGCAAGUCGAUAACGUCCUCGAGCGCACGACACUGCGAGAGAGAGAGAGAGAGAGAGAGAGAGGGAGAGAGCGCGAACUUGCUUGUGCCGGAGACAAGGCCGGGAUUCUCCGCAGGCUCGGCAAUUUAGCGCUACACUGUCUUGCGUCGCGGGCGAGGCGGGGGCUGGUUUAAAAGCUCGGCUGGCAAGUUGGCCAGAGGAGAGUCUGCUCGCUCGCUCGUCGAGCCAUCUGGACGCGCUCGCGCGGCCGAAUCGUUGGCACAGUCGCAAUAUCCACGAAUUGUUCGUGUGCCGCUGGCGCCUGAUCGACAGUCUGGCCAACACCGCCCGCCUUUCAGAUUCUUUGUCGCUCUGGUUGGAUUGGCGGAUCCGGGUAUAUUACCGUCCGCAAUCCAACAUGGAGGCAAGAGCGAUCACAUCCCGGGAGUGUUCCCAAAUGACGCGCGAUGCCAGAUGGUGGGGAACCGCUUCGGUGUGCGGCAACUUCGGCAGUCAAUUCUAGUCGAUGGACCUGUGGAGCACGCAUGGAGCCUAACUUCGCGACGAGUGCAGAGCGCCCGCUGUGCAAUAGGUGUGGGAAUCCGUUAGUGUGUGCAAGCCUUGUGUCCGCCGCUCGGUGAGUUUGCCACAAUUGGACUCUGCUGCUGCCGCUGCUGCUGCUCUGUAAGUAGGCAGCGGACUUGAGGCAUAUUUAGAAUCCACGUGUGGGCAAGAGGGAGGUCCCGGAUUGUCGUCGUCGGCCCGUGCCGGCAAGUGCUGGCACAAAUAUAGACGCUGCGUGCACAGUUUUUCUUCACCCAUGUUCUUGGUCGUUGCUCUGAUUGUCCAAGAUUGAUCGAGGUCCUGUCGGGAUCGUCAGGAGUGGGGUUUUCGUUUGUUGUCGACGGUGAAGCUUCUGUCAUUGCGGAACAUGGGAAAUUCGUCGGGAUGGUGUCCUAUCGAGGUCACGCGCAAGGCGAGGAAGAGUGAGGAGGGCAAAACCUUGCACACUGAUGUUCUGGAGCUCAUCCUGAGUCGACUGCCGUCGGCCGACGUUGCGCGGGCUGCCUGCGUCUGCAAGCUGUGGCAUUCGAUUGUCCGCUCUCCAGCCUUUCUCAAGCACUUCGUGCCUCAAGAAGCUUGGCUCUUUGUGGACGCCAGAAGGCUCAUGAUCUCACCUCUUGCUCGCAAAUUUAAUCUCGCGGAAGAGGCGUGGCUCUUCGUAAAUGCGAGGAGGUUCGUGGUUUCGCCCGUCGCUCGAGGUUUUAACAUUGCUGAAGACUAUGGCGGCAGAUUUCCCGACUGCAGGACUGUGGACGGGGCCAGUAUAGUGUCCUUAAUUGGAGCAGGAGGUAUUGUGUACGCCUUGACCGGUCGUAACCAAUCGAAGCUUAGCUACAAGCUCCAACCUCUCGCGCCAGAGUGGAGGGAAACUCCGAGCAUGCGGUACGCAAGGCACAAUCCUCUGGUUGGAUUGGUGAGAGCAGCUGGAUCCUUGCACUACAAGAUCAUCGUUGCAGGUGGAGCGCUGGCAGAGAAUCGCAAGGAUAUCGCAGCUGUGGAGAUCUACAGCUCAGAAACUGGCAGUUGGGAGCAAUGCGAGAGUCUUCCAGUGAAUGAAUUUUCGUUCACUUUGAGGAGUCCUGCACUCUACACCACCACGGCUGUGCUGAAGAACAAACUGUAUGUAAAUCAUCUGGGUCGGGUGUCUGUCUUCGAUCUCACAAAGAGGGCAUGGAGCACGGUCGACAUGCUGGUGGAGGGUUCAAGCCCCAGGACCGUGUACGAUGUUAGAAGCUCUCACCUCCUGACCUGUGCAGGGCAGUUGCUUCUGAUAGGACUGCAGCAUUCGGAGGACAAGGACGUCCAGUUUAGAGUGUGGAGAUUGGACGAAAAGUCUAUGAAAGGAGUGGAAUGUACCCAUGAGUGCGACGGACUGAAGCCAACUUCAAUAUUGAAGACGUGGAUGUCUGCUGCAAGGUUUAGACAGCGGAAGCAGAGCACGCAGGGUUUUGAUUCCUUGGGAUACAUUCAAUCCCAUUUCACACCAGGAAUUUACUGCUAGUUCAUGGACUCUGACGUCAACAACACCCAACUUCACAGCUUUUCGUACAAUUUUUAAGAACUGUGUAUCAUUCUUUCAGCCUCGUCCCUGUACAUCAUUGCUAGUGCUGGAAACUUCAAACAUGUGAUAUACAGCAGCUCCGCUGUUUUACAACGAAGUUAUCUACACAUUGCAAAUUAGUUGUAUGUUCCAAGGCUUCAAUGAAAGCUUCUGAAGCAGUAAUCUGUAGAUUCGCAGAUACUGCCCUAUGAAGCCAAAGAAGUACUUGUUAUACUGCUACAAUGACCAAUGGCCGCAGUAUGUCAUAAGCCGAAUGCUGCGACUUGCAAGGUUAGUGGGACCUUUGCUGCCAUACUAAGUAGUCAAAAGGAACUAUCUGGAAAAUCUGAUAUGAAUGUAGUUGCUAGUUCAAUCUGUAGCGCACCAAAACUGCGACACUUACCUCCCAACGCCGGACUAGUGGAGUGCUGGUAUGUGCAGGUAGAUUGCAACAACUCCUGACAUUGUACAGUCAAUUGAAUUUGCAGCACGAGACUUGUGUAUAUUCGAAGCCUGUCUAUCUCAGACCGUUCCUUCAGUCAAUUGACUUGUUUAAUAAAACCCGUAUGUAAAUUAGACCUUUAAACCCUAGAGUAUAUC